CCGACGACGCUGUGAUCGCUUCUCUUGUGCUUUUGAUACUUCUCCUUCAUGUCUCGUCGAUCACGUAACCAUGUGACCGUCGCUCUCCUCGAUAUUCAUUCGACCAUGGAUGAUCCAUAAUAAUCGAGCGUAAUAUCUCUUUGCUAUAUAGUACAUUUCAAUGGCUUACAAAAUCGAAAGUUCAAUAGCUUAGGAGAAAUGCAAUUUUAAAAAUGAAAUAGUUGUUGAUGAAAGAGUUUGAAAAACUUUCGAGUCAAACACGUGGAAACGUUAUAUCGAACGAUGAUUUUGUGCAUAGAAAAAAUAUGGAUGAUGUUUGUCGUCGUUUGCGAAAAAAAUCAACAGAACUUUUCCACGCUUGCUGUCACGUGUAUAACGUGAAACGGAAAUAAGAAACGGAGUAAAAGUGGUACGUUUUGCGCGUAUGAUUACGUCGGUGCGUGAUGUUAUUAUGCGAGACAAUGCGGUGGGGUGAUGGAUCGUGUGAUCUGUUGCGAUGCAAGUUUUUCGUUCUUUUGGUUCUCGUUGGCUGCAGCGAUGGAUACUUGAACAUUUUUAUCAGCCAGUCUCAGGUUAUGAAACUGUUGGGGCUCGAAGCUGAGUUAUACUACGUCAGGGAAGGAGUGGUUAAUACGUAUGCGAUGAAUUUCGUUGUGCCUGUGCCUGCACACAUCGCGGAUCUCGAAUUCUCUUGGCAGAGUCUUGCCGGACAUACAUUACCGUACUCGAUGGAAUUGGAUUACGACGUAGUCGAUGUUCCGAGCGAUGUUUCCGGAAUGAUGGCACUGCUUCCUCCCAGAGUGAACGUGUCGGCUACGGGAGAGGUGCCAGUCACACUGCAAGUCUUUAGGAUCAGGCUACCGUGCUCGGGUCUCGUGAGUGUGCAAAUUCCUUUGGCUUUGAGGUUGAACGUCACAGCCCCACCUGGUACCAAAUACAACGAUACCGUUUUAGCAUUCAAGAGAAACAAGAUUUGUUUGAAAGGAGUGCAAACACCUCUCACAAACGAUUCGGUACUUUUGGAACCAGGACCUUUGGUGAAUGGUAGCGGACCUCUUUAUAUCCUCGCGAUAAGUGCGGGCGCUUUGAUAUUAGCCGUAUGCGCAGCAAUCGCCUUGUGCAUUGUUCGCAGUAGCAAGGCUCGCAUUCAAGAAUCCCAGAAAACACUGCCCUGCUGUAGCUAUUCGGCGGCAGACACCGGCGGCUUAGCCAGAAGUUCUGUCCUGGUUAGGGUCGACCCACGACCCGGAAGCGCGAAUUCCGGAAGUUACGCAACCAUUGCCGACCUAGAGCCACUCUAUGCGAGACCUUGCGGUUCCAGAGCGAGUUACUACGCUUCCAGCCAUGUGACGCAUCUGAGCCAGUCGACCGAUCCUUGCGAGAAGGCUAGGGCACUCGCGGUAUCGAGGUCUGCGCUCUACUGUCGCAAUCUCGUACAGGAGGGCACCUUCGGACGCGUCUACAAAGGUACCUUGGAAUUGGUUGGCCGUGAACAAGAAGUCAUCAUAAAGACAGUCACAGAAGUGGCAUCGGCUUAUCAAGCCUCUUUGCUGGUGGUCGAGGGCUCGCAGUUGGCAGGAUUAGUGCAUGCAAACAUAGCUUCGCUCGCCGCCGCCUGCCUGGAUAGUUCUUGUCCGUUAUUGGCAUACACGAGUUCGCCAGGCGAGUUGAAUUUGAAGUUGUACCUUACCGACGGAAACCAUCAUCCUGGGACCAGGGACUUGGUGCACGUUGGCGCGCAGGUUGCUAGAGCAGGGGCAUUCUUGCACGGUCGAGGGCUCUUGCACAGGGAUAUCGCUGCCAGAAACUGUUUGAUCGAGCCAAGCAGUCUUCGCGUGCGAUUAGCUGAUACGGCUUUGGCGCGAGAUCUCUUCCCUCAGGAUUACCAUUGUCUCGGUGAUAACGAGAACAGACCCAUUCGUUGGAUGGCCUUGGAGACUCUCCAGCACAAUCAGUAUAGCACGGCGACGGACGUGUGGUCGUUCGGAGUGUUCCUGUGGGAAUUGGCGACGAUGGGCCAGCAACCAUACGUCGAGGUGGAUCCUUUCGAAAUGAUGGCGUGUCUUCGAGAUGGUUAUCGACUGGCCCAACCGAGGCCAUGCCCGGACGAAUUUUUCGCCGUAAUGGCCGUCUGUUGGUUAGGCCUUCCCAGAGACCGGCCGACCAUGCCUCAACUUCUCGCCUAUCUACAAGACUUUCACGAUGCCCUGGGCGGCUUCGUUUAAAAUAUUUAUACUCGAACGUUUCACGAUGUUCCUUGAAACAGCAAAGCAUUCUGGAAUGAUAUGUUCGAAUCACGUCGCGGAACCUUUCCGUCAACGUCCCUCGCGAGAGUUCUGAACGCAAGAAAGAGGAUUCAACGUGAGCGGGAAUCAAAACGAAGACUCAUCGAGAGAGAGACUCACGAUAAAGAUAGCUCGGCGAUGAAUGACGAAUUUUUUGAAAGUAACCAACACCGCCCAGAAGGGCGUGGUUUUUCAUUAAAAAAGGAAAGAAAGACGAGACUCGAAAGUGGAGAUGCAAUCGUAUGGAAUUGAAAAUCGCUGCCCAUUUGCGAUCGUACAGAACUGAAAAUCACUGCCCAUAUUAUUGAUUGUCAGCAACGGUACUCGACAUUCCCUCUGGCGCGUAUCGGCGGGCCACGUUGUUUUCGAAAUUCCGAUUGGAGAGCAACCGGAGAAUCAAAACAGGCGACGAUGGUUGACCAAGACUGGGGUGCAAUUCCGCGGAUCAAAACGAUUCGAUUACGGAGAAACGAACCAAGUGCGGCCCGAUCGAUGACGAAAAGAUCGAUGCGGAUAUAUCCGUCCAUAACAGUUAAAAAAAGGAACUCGAAGCGCGCAACAUUUUUUAUAACGUGAUCGAGACAGAUGCAACGCGACGGAAAACGCGCGGCGCCUGUGAACUCGCAAUCACCGCUAUCCGCUGUGCGCGUUACAUCAUCGGUUCGCAGGCGCGCUUUCGCAACCUUCUCCUUGGUUUCUUUCUUUUCCAAAUAUUACAAUGUCGCUACUUUUCCAUAAUCUCGCGUUCCGAACGCGUUAGAAAAGAUCACAACCAUUUUCACUUGCCCAACAACUGGAAGAAAACGUUUCGUGAGACUUGAACGGUCUCGUCGAUUCGAGCACUGCGUCAAAAAUCUCUAUAAUCAAAAUUGUAUUGGAUCAAAAUGCGCGGAUCUACUACUUGGCAAGGUCGAAAAUUAUGGGACGACUAUUUUCUUAGACAUUUUCAAACGCACUUAUUCGCGUCAAUAUUUGACUGUUCAGCUACGCGUGCAAAAUUCUUCUAGCAAAUUUCAAAGCAAAGAGUACAAAGUCUUGCGUUCUUCUCGAGUGUCUUUUCGCAAGUACAUUCGCGAUAUCGACUAUGCUAUAACAUUACGAUAUUGGAUUACAUAAAAAUAUACUCUUCAUACGGAAUAAGAAAAACAACUGUAGAGUUUUAGCAAGUUAUAAAUGAAGUUAUCUGUUCGACCGGUAUCUUUAACUUCUGUGGUAUCGUUAACCUGAAAAAUAUUUGCUCGCAACGAUUUUAUAAAUAAUGCAUCGAGCUCGAAAAGGGGAAAGUUUGCGGCAAGAGGGGAGACAGAACACAGGCAAGAAUACGGUAUAUUGCGUCUUGCUAACGCAUUUUCCGGGAAAUUAUUCCGAUUAUUAAAACUUUCGCAAACGUGCGAACAUUUACAAAUAAUUUCACUCAGAUUCCUAAACGCAACCUCGUGAACGUAAUUUCCCUCGAACGAAGUACGUAAUACAAAUAAUUUAGAAAAAAUCGAAAUAACCUCGAUAUCGCGAAUGUAUUUUCAGAAAAGCUUGACGACGCGACGAUCUAAGCGCAAAUAUGCGAAUGU